GCAUGCGCAUUAUACAUAUCCUUGAAAUGACAUCUUAUAUAACGUGUUUCGGCUGCGCACGUCGUAAAUAUGAGUUAAUAUUCUGUUUUGACUCUAUAUGUUCAUGGAGUGUCUCGGACAAGUGUCCAAAAACAUGUACGUAAUAUAAGAAAAUAAAGCAUUAUCCGUAGUGAGUUACAUUCAUUUGAUCACAUCAAUUGAUGCAACGUUCAUUGACCACGUUGCGAUGAUAAUAUCCCAGCUGAUCACUCGCGAAGGACUGGUCGAUUGAAACAUAUUCACUGUUCUUAUUAUUCUCAUCAUUUCAAAUCAUAUCAUUGCUAAUCAUCCAGAUUUUAUCAAUAUACAAUUGAGACCCAGUUCCAAAAGAUGACGCAACCAAAGUCCAUGAAUGAAAUUCAAGAUGUGCAGAAUAUAUCUACACCUAUUGGUGUGCAACUGUGUGGAAAAUAUAAAAAAAGUUUUGCUUAUGUAACAAUCAAAGAUAGAUUGCCAGUAAUCUUGACAAAAGUCAUUGAUCACUUUAGUCGUAAUAAAGAAUCUAUACAAACUAUUUAUGGCAAGGAUUCCAUAAACGAAAUCAAAUAUCUUAUAGGAUUUAUAAGCAAAUUGAAAAAUGAGGUAGUUACUAAUAAGGUUUUAAGACCUUUGCGUUUGCACGAUUAUACAUCCAACGAUGAAGCAGAGGAAUGGAAUAAAUAUCUAGAACACAGGACAGAUAUAGAAGGUGAAAUACCCACAUGGUUCAAUACAAUAUGGCUAUACUGCGAAUGCUACAUGUACCGUGUAUUAGCUCAAGAGAUUAGUUUAAUGGUGAAAUUAUCGCGUUACGACCCAUUUGAAGAUGAAAAACAAGCAAAUUUUGUCGAGUCCAUUGAUAGCAUAAGCACUCUUGGCUCUUAUAUCAGAGAUAUUAUAUCCACAUACAUGCCUGAUGAAGAUUUGCACACGGAAAAGAAGGAAGCGUUUCGGAAAUUGCUAAAUGUGUGUUUAUGGGGUAAUAGGUGCGACCUGUCUCUCAGCGGGGGAGCUAGCGCCAGUCAGUCUGGCAAUCCAUUUGAAAUAUUGGAAUCCUUGAAAGAAAAUAUAAUAUCAAAUGAUUGGGAACAUGUAUGGAAUGUUUUAUGUGACAAGACUGAAAGAGAAUGUGUUAUAGUUGAUAUAGUACUUGAUAAUGCAGGAUACGAACUUUUUACCGACUUGUGUUUAGCAACGUUUUUAAUUCUGAAGGAACUUGCGACUAAAGUGAGGUUCUACGUCAAGAAAUAUCCAUGGUACGUGAGCGAUGCAACGUUACAUGAUUUUUACUGGAUCUUGGAACAGAUGGGUUAUUUACAUUCACAUCCGGAUCUACAAUUUUUAUCUAAAAUGUACUUCGAUUUUUUGGAUGCUGAAUGCUGGAGCCUAGAGGAGGAGCCAUAUUGGACGAGUCCGUAUGAUUUUACAAAAAUGAAAGAGAAAGACACGAAAUUGUACGAGAAGUUGUCUAAUGCUAAAUUAGUGAUAUUUAAGGGUGACUUAAAUUAUAGGAAACUCGUAGGUGAUGUUAAUUAUGAGCAUACUACAGCAUUUGCAAAUGCAUUGGGAAAUUUUUGUCCUACAAAUAUCGCGAGUUUGCGCACUGUGAAAUCAGAUGUUUGUGUCGGAUUACAACCCGGUGUCUCUGAAUCGUUGUUUAAUAAGGAUGACGAUUGGAUGGUUACUGGAAAAUAUGGUGUUAUACAAACUAAUGUUUCUGCUAAUUUAGCACAUCAAAUGAAUUUUAACCAUACUUUGAAGAAGACAUAAAAACGUUAUGAAUUAUCAUAACCGUUGUAACUUAUAUAUUAUUGUACAAACACAAAGCUAUAUAUGAUAUGUUGCAUGUACAAAGAGUAAAAAUGAUGAUAUUCAUACAUUAUAACUUUUGUAUGUAUUGUAAGAUAAUUUAUGUGAAUGUAAUUUCUCCCGUGCCAUAUAUCAUCUGUAUAUAUAUAUAUAUAUAUAUAUGUAUCACUUGUAAUCUCUGUUACAUUUCAUAAAUAUAUGUGUAUGUAUGUAUAUAUAUAUAUAUACACACACACAUACACACAUAAAUAAAGUCUAAACUUAUGACUAUUAUUUCCUAAUAUUCGUUUACAAGCAAACAUUGAACUAUCUUGUAAUAUGUAUGUUUCCAAUUGUGAUCAAUGUGUACUGUCAGUCUAUUGGCCUGUGAUUUCUUUAAAUUAUGCAACAUAAUGAUAAAACGACACAAGAGGAUAAUCUUAUCAAAUAUUCAUAACUCGUUAGUACAUAAACAUGAUAAUUAUCUAUUUUUUUUACACGUCUUUAUACAAUAAGAUGGAAGUGAUAAGAUGGAAUAAAGUUGAGAUGUCUUAUCUUCAAUAUAAUUAAACGAUACGCUUUUACAUUAUUUGAAAUUAUGUUAUAACUUAUAUAUCUGUAAGUACUAUUGAUUGCGUGUGUCUUAUACAAUAAUUUACGAUACGCCUUUAUACAUCGUAAGUGUUAUACAAUAUAAAAUAACUUAAUUUUAUAUCAAAUUGUAUAUUAUGAAGAAACUUAUGUCUAUACAGAUAGCAUAAGUUAAAAGAAAACUCAGUAUGAAGUAAAAAAUGUUUCUUAAUUAUCUCAUUUAUUGGAUUUCAGUUGGCGAUAUAUUACAUAUGUACGUGCACAAAAAUUAUAAAGCAAGCUCCUGUAAAAAGAGUAUAAUACUAUAUUUACAUAAUAAUCAAAUGUACAAAGUUAAAUUUUCUAUAUGUCUAUUUUGAUUUAAAUGAUUUGUCAUUAAUAAAGUUCGACGCUUUGUAUA